CCUAGGGCAGUGAUUUUACACACACACACACACACACACACACACACACACACACACACACACACACAGGACCACUCUAAUGUUUCUGGGUAUGGGUGUGUUAGGAAGCCAUUCAAUAUAUUCUGUUCUGCAAAUCAGAGCACUUCCUGCCUUCCUUUCAAUGUGGACAUCAUCACCAAGCCCUUGCUCUAUCAAGGAUAAGUUAGUAGGCGGCACCAUAUAAUAUGGUCCAUAUUAUGAAAAUCAUAGGCCCCAGGCCACAAGGCCUUGUUAGCUUCUUCAAUAAUCUGACCAUAUUAUUAAGGAACUCACAUUUCAGUCUAGUUGAAGCCCUUGGAACAAGGCGUUGGCCACCCUCAACCCAUCACAGCUUAGUUUCAACUUGGAAAACAACUUGGCUGCUACAUUACAACUCGUCAGGUGAGUCCUGGGGUUUUGGUGCUUGUUCAUAUACUUGGUAAAUAUCACCUGCUGCACACUGCAUACCCUGCAACAUUCCUCAGAUGACAACAUUUCUCACAAGGACAAGCACCAGCUGAUCUUCCUCCCUGAGCUCAGCAAUGGCGGCACUGGUGGGGGAAAUAGGGCCAUUCUGGGAUCAAAUCAGAAGCCGGGAUGGCUUUAGUAAUGCUGGGACUUCCCCUGGAAAAUAGGGACACUUGGAGGGUAUGACACUGUGGUGGUCCUAGUGAGGCUCAGUCACCUGAAUCUUUCCUGCACACCUUCAUGACUAUUUGUGGCCCACGCACCCAGCCCUACACAGCAACCCCAGCCAUUUCUCUCUCACACACAUUAAGGAUUUCAGGGCCCUUGGAGGAGACGCUCUUCAGCAUGCAAAGCUUAUCAGUGUCCUUGGCAUACCUCCUGGAAGACGAACUAAGCACACGAGAACAAUGGCAUUGAAAUGGGCAGCACAGCAGGGGAUCUUGAGCAUCUCAGAGACUAUGGAAACAAACGCAAGGGCAAUUUGUAUGUGAGAAAUGCUGGCAAAUAGUGCUCUGGAUUUCCUUCAGCGCCCUAGUGGGCAUUCUUCCAUGCCUGCUGCUAGAUUAGAUUGAAAUUUGGAGUGUGGCGGUAGUGAGGGAGUCUUACAAGUUUGGAGUGCUGAAAUAAACAACCAAAUCUCAGUGAUGUAGAAAUCCCCAUUUCACAACAAAAUGGAAAAGGUGAAAAUGUUGAACAGAACAAAGCAGAUCUGGAGCCAAGAUUAGAACAGCUUGGCACACAAAAAAAGGCCAAUUAUUGCUUUUGACUUUAAUCAUCUGCCUUCUGCAGCAGGGGUGGGGUUAACCCCUUUAAGCCUGAGUGCCUCAAUCUCAGCCUUUCAGGAAUGGCAUGCCAACAGUAUGGUAGGUGUGUCCCAAAGGUCCGCAUGGCAAUACCCGCCAAAGGCGUAUGCAUGUGCAUGCCACACAGACACAGAUUGUGCACACACCAGAGCACACAGAACCCUACAGAAAGGCUGCAUUUUUGAGACAGUGCUGUAAAGAAGUUGACUUCGGUUUGUGGUUAGAAACCCCUUAACACAUGCCAUAUGAUAUCAAACCAUUUACCAGAAGUGUUCACAUAUUACAAAAGCCAUUGGUUUCUCUUUGGUGCAUAACUUUAUCCAUUAAUGACUCUUAAGUGUUGGCCUCUUAAGGAGCAUAUAACAGGAAUUUCCCCCACAAACUGUUACGCAAGUGCAAUGUAUGCCCACUGCAAAAAACAAAAACAAAACAACCUCUUAUAAUAACCAUUCUGAUGCCAAUCUGGACUCCCUCCUGAUCUGUGCCUAAAGAUCAUGGGGCUGAAAUUUGAGAGUACUCUUUAAUUUCAUUCUGUCACUGCAGUCCCAUGUAGCUUCUGUGGCUAGAGGUGCUUUUGCCUAGCUUAGGCUGGUUCCAAGACUGGUUUAGUCCAGUGAUCUCCCACUGGGACUACUGACUACACUCUAUGUGGGGUUGCCCUUGAAGACAGCCCAGGAACUUCAGCUAGUGCAGAAUGUGGUUGCUAGGUUGGUGAAUGGAGCAGAUCAUGCAUCGCUGGUCCUGAAAGUGCUGCACUGGGUGCCAUAGAGCUACUGGUCCAAUUCAAAGUUUCACACCCAGUGGAAAUUGCAGGGAUGUGGCUUCCAAUAAGGAUCAGAACCACAGCAGUUUUUCCUAUUUCCUUUUUUUUUUUGGAGAUACGUAUACUCACUGCUGUAUCAUAAAAAUAUAUCAAAGAGGUUUACAACAAUGAAAUGAAAUGAAAUAUUGUUACUCCUUAUGCUGGGGUCCCAAUCUGGAUCAGGUCUCUCACUUCCCUGCAAGACUGUUGAUUUGUGGAACAACAACUGCAACCUUGCACAUAAGGGCACAGUGCAUAGCACAUAGCUAACGUAAUGUGCAGCUUGCUUGGUCUGUCUUCUGGAAAGAGGCGAGAGGUUUAUUGGUGCAGUUUAGUGUGUAAUCCAGUGAGGAGUUCCAAACACACACACACACACACACACACACACACACACACACACGUGAAAGUGCAAACCACAUGUUUGGAAGAAGGGAAGAGGAUCAAGGGUAAACCGAAGGCACAAAGGGAAGCGGCAAAGGGAAAGGUGUUAUGGGAGGAUGAGCGGUCUCGGAAAGAGGCAGCAGCUCACCAGGCAAGCUUAAAACUACAAAGAACUACAAAGACUUGGAGGGAAUGGAGGGAAGAGGAAUGAUUGCAAAAUGGGAAGAGAUAAGAUUAGGUUAGAUCAGGGGUGGGGAAUACUUUUUAGCCUGGGGGCCGUCCUCCCUCAGGGGUAACCUUCCAGAGGUCACCUGCCAGUGGUUGGUGGGGGUCAGAGGUAGACGUUGGGUGGAGACAUGGGUGUGGCUUUUACCUUUAUACUGUAGGCCACAUUCCUGCCACACAAAAGUCAAAUGAUUUUAAACACACGCCACAACUCUCCGUCCUCCAUCUAGGUAAGCAAAAGGCAGCCACAUGGACACAGCUUUUCCUGGCACUGAGAUGCACUGGUGAGAUACGCUUGGCCAGCUGGAUUUCUGCCUGUCAUGUGGUGACAAUAAUUCUGCUACUAAGGGUGGGUGGUGGGUCAUGGUGGCCCCAAAAUGUCAGUGAUCUUGGACCACAUAGAGAAAAUACAACAGAAGAGUUAAUGGUCACCUCCAGCGUGCCAGUACUUUGAGGGGGGUUCAGUUGCAUAUUGAAAAUUUAGAGGUCUCACUAUAUGGAGGGAAUUUCGUGGGAAGGAUUCAAGCACAUACUGGAAAGUUUGCACAAAUAAAGCUCUGUUGCCCUAAUGUAGCAAAUCCACUGUCUUAAAGAAUUGGACUUUUGUGCAUUGAAAAGUAUAGGGUGUGUGGAUGACUAAUGGAAAGAUGUAUAAACAUUCCAUAAGGAAAUCAAUAAAAAUGCUUGAUAAAAACCAGAUAGAAUGUAACCACCGCAUAAGCUUUGUAACAACAAAUCAGGAUGAAUGUUGCAAAAAUAGGCAGUCUGCAGGAGCUGUUAGUUUUGUUUUAUUUUCAAAAAAAGUGGAUUAAAGCACUCUGGUCUUUUCUUUUUAAAGACUUUUUGCAGUUAGAAAAGUGGCAUGGAAAUGUUCUAAGAAGUGUGGGAUAAAUGAUUAACAGGAAGCUGUGUGACCACUGUGCAAGUAAAUCAGAAUAAAAUCAGGAUGGAUGCUGAUUGUCAUCUAACCUCCCUGCAAAUGAAUCAGAAUAAUAAAGACCUGGAAUUGACUAACCGUAAGCUUUGUGCAAGCAAAUCUGGAUGAAUGCUCAAUAAACAGGUCAUUGGGAGGCACCCUCCAUAGACGAGUGUGAUUCUGUACAAGCACAUACACUGUUGCAUGCAGUCUGCAGACAUACUGUCUUUGUGAUAAGUAGUAGGCACUGCAAGAGGAUUUCUUUAUAAGACAUAUACCCACAUGCCAUUAUUUUUCUUAGUAUGAGUCAUUCAAGAGGUCUGGGGAAGAACAAGGAGCUGAAUGUCCUGGACUGGCUGCUCCCCGUCUCUUGCUUCUUGCUCAAAAACAAUGCUACUGGCAAUACCUUUUUCCUGUUAUCCAUAAAUAGCAAAGUGCUUUGCUGAGAAGGCACUGUAAUUAAACCCAUUGUACAGCUAGGGAAGUGGUAUUGGGGGGGGAGGGCUUACCCAAGUCACCCUCAGAAAAGGAGCCAAGGCAGUCCUACCUUUCUGAACAGCCAGACUCUGGCAUAAUCCAUGUCUGCACCGUGCCAUCACUAGACUAUGUCUGCCGCAGAGCUGCAGUGCCCCCGAAAUGCUGAAACUAGGCAGAUUACACCAUGUCACCACUAGACAACAAUGUCCACCACAGGACCACAAUGUCCGUCCCCCCACCUGCCCGAAGCAUGAAAACAAGUCCAACUGGUUUGGAUAUUGGGCAUAUGGCUUCACUUUCAUGCAGUGUGGAACUGGGAACGCUCACCAAAGAUUUCUGCAAAAGCUGAUUCAUCUGAAGGCCGCUCGACCCCACUUUACAGGGUAAUUCAUUCCACACACAUACCCGACAUGCUUUCUUUCCUCCCCGCCAAGGCUAGCUGUGGUGCUUCAUGUUCUCUCCCAUGGCCCCGGCUAGCACUCUCUGUCCACAGGAAUGUGCCAGGGAUGGGGAAUGAUCCUCCCCUGCAGAGCUGUGGGAAUGGCUGGCAGCCUCAUCAUUUCAGUAAAAAAUUCAAGGUGGGGGAAAAUAGUUGCCUAUAAGCAGCUCAGGCUUUGCAGCCCUUUCCAAGGCUGUGGCACACAAAUCGGGCAUGGCAUUCUUUGGGAGGAAUAGAAAGUUUGUUCCUGUCUUUGUGAAUGGCAAAGUUCUCACUGACUUUGUCAAGGAGGACCAGGCUCCUGCAAGGAAUGCCUUGCUUGGCCUUUGUUUCUUUCUAGCUUAUUCUAGGUCAUGUUAACCUCCUAUUCUACACACCCUCCAAUUAUUGCAGGCUGGCUCUACUAAUGGUUAGUUUCCAGGCUGCUGCGAAGGUUGAGAAAUGUAUGCAGCAGGUACCUGUAUAAACAAGUGAGUGCCCUCUCUCUGCAGCUGGUGCUAUACCAAUAGCUGAGCACCACUUGCCUUCUUCCAAAGCAUUUCCACCGAUUAAAUGGUCCACCAAACCUCAGGUCUACAUGGCCUAGGCUCUUUCCCAAUCCAGGAUAUUUAUAAAUAUCCCCAAUACUGCAACAUCAAAUGCCACUACUUAUAUGUAUUACCCUUCCUUGAAGGAAUGAAUUUUGGAAACAACGGUGCCCUGUAAAGAGAUGGUGCUUAGUAUCCAUGCUGAGCCCUUCCACACUCUGAGCAUAAACAUUGUUGGAGGGAGUAUGUAUGGGUGGGAUUCAGCUAGCAAGUCCUGCUUGCAGAAGCCAGUGCACGGGUUCCUACUAGUGCAAUGGGUUUUUCUCUCCCUUACCUCCCCACUUGGCAUGGGAGAAUCACCAGAACAGUGCACAAGGGGAGGAGCUGGAAUGUUUGCUUUGACAGAACAAUUGCCAUGGUUGCCACAUUGAAUUUCUCCCUAUGCCUCUGACUCCCAGUGGUUGGAAAUCACAGGUGGGGGAGGGUAUUGUUGUGCUGCUCAGCUUCAACUUGCAGGCUUCCCAUGGAGAUCUGGUUGGCCACUGUGAGAACAGGAUGCUAAACUAGAUGCUAGACUGUGGAACGCUCUCCCCAGGGAAGUUCGCCUGGUGCCUUCAUUAUACACCUUUAGGCGCCAGGCAAAAACAUUCCUUUUAAACCAGGCCUUUGGUUGACCUGAUCAACAUCACAUACCCUUUUAAAAUGUGGCUCUUUUUUGGGGGGGGGUAUUAUUGGGUUCACAGGACGCGGGUGGUGCUGUGGUCUAAACCACUGAGCCUAGGGCUUGCCGAUCAGAAGGUUGGCGGUUCGAAUCCCCAUGACGGGGUGAGCUCCCGUUGCUCGGCAUUUCUGUGCACUGCUCUGGUUUGCCAGAAGCGGCUUAGUCAUACUGGCCACAUGACCUGGAAGCUGUCUGUGAACAAACGCCGGCUCCCUCUGCCUUUAGAGCGAGAUGAGCACCGCAACCCCAGAGUCGUCCGCAACUGGAUCUUACGGUCAGGGGUACCUUUACCUUUUAUUAUUGGGUUAUUGCUUUUAAUUUUAUUUUACAUACUGUGAUCUUUUUAUGUGAACCAUCCUGAGACCUCCAAGUAUUGGGCGGUAUAUAAAUUCUAAUUCUAAUUCUAAUAAUAAUAGAUGGGCCUUUGGCCUGACCCAACAGGAUUCUGACUUUGCUGCUGUUGUGUGCCUCCUUUCUCUGUCCUGAUAUGUUAUACGGAUUCAGUCGGAUGGAGGCCAGGUGAGCGGUACAGACCUACCACACUGUCCGCUGCUGCCUAAAUAGUUUGAGGAUCAAGUUUUUUGAAGAAUCAUUUGAACCUGUAUGUACCUGCCAGUGCCUGGAGAUUGGCACUGGAGGUGAUGCUCACUGGCACGCCUUUAUGAUCAGUUAGAUAGGAAGGCUCAAGGGACAGGGCCUUCUCAGAAGUGACCCCUCGUCUAUGACGUCCAUCUCAGGGGAUGUGCAGUUGGCCUCUUCAGUCUUGGUAUUUCAUUCUUGGUGUUCAAAAAGAAUUCAAAUGCCUCUCUGUUCCAAGUGACUUGGGAUUUUCAAAUGUUGUAAUUUUUGAAAUGUUAUAGUGUUUCCAUUUUGUGCUUUAUGUUGUUGUUUAUAGUUAUUCAUGUUGUUGAACAUUGCCUUGAGAGGACUUUGUUUGGAGAGGCGGCCUAAAUGUGCUUAAAAGCAAAUAAGUAAAUAUAGAUUGAAUGUGAACUUCAUCAAAAAUCAAUAGGACUUACUUAAGAGACAAUGCAUUAAGGAUGGGAGAAUUUCUGGUUCAGAAAUCAAACAUGUGAAACAAAGGUCAACCCAUUUCCUCUAAGAAGAUGCACAUUGUUCCCUUUAUGCUCCCUUCAAACAUUUCCUCACCCCUUGUUUUCUAGUUUGUUGUGCUCCUAUUUUGUAAGUGGUCUAAUUUCUUGAAUUAUUGAAGCUUAUCACGCAAUGAAGGGCAACGACUGGUUAGAGGCUCAGACAGACCCAUUCCCAAGUAAGGAUGGGGGUGGAAAUUCAAUUCAGUUUGCAUUUAAGGCUGAACCUACCUAAUUCACAUUUUCCAAAACAAUAUAUGAACCGAAAUACAUCCAGCUUUCUCUGAAUUUUGCAGUGCUAAUCUCCAGUCAAAUAAACACAUAUCUUAAAGUGCACAUAAAGAUGCAUCUCUUGUGAACUAACAUUUUUUAAAAAAUGCUUUAUCCUAGGGGAUCUUGCUUUGGAAGACAGUGCAUAUUAGGCAAAAUUCACAGGAAAAAUGUGCAGAGCAGGAGAGAUUCGCUGAUGAAUUUUCACAAUAAUAAAGAAAAAAUCCUCAGCAAGCUCAAACUGAUGUGGAAAUGUGGAGAAUGGAAACGAAGGCUGGAAAAAAAUAUAUGUGAAGGUGAGGGGGGGGGAAAUGAAAUUUCCAGAUUCACCCAUCCCUGUUCUCAGGUAACUAAAAAUGCCAUCGUGUUUCCCCUAUAGCAAAGCCGGCUCUUGCCAGAUGGUUCCGCUUAUCCCUGUGUGCUAUCGGUGAAUCCACGUCAUCCUCUCCCCAACCUUGUUACCCAGGAACAGCCAACCUGUGGAGAAAAACCAGGGCAAGUGAGAAGUGGCUGGCCAAGGGCACAGUCCAGCCUGGCAAAAACACUCAAAGAGGAAGCAGAGUCAGAAGGGGAUGUGACUGGCUGAGGAGGAGGUAUGGCCUCUGGAGAACACCACAGGUCAGAUAGAGAGGCCUGGGGGACUGCAUUUGACCCUCCAGGUCUGAGCUUAUCCACCCCUAUUCUAGACAAUGCUGAAUUAGGUGGAGCCAGGGUCUGGCUCAGUAUAAGGCAGCUUCAGGGAAGAGUGAGCAACCCUAGGAGGCUUUGCUGACAAACUGCUCUUCAUUAGCUGUUUAGAGCUGUUAGCAGAUGCCUACAUUGCUACAGUUCCCAGCACCCUUAACAAACUAUAGUUCCCAGGAUUCUUUGGGGGAAGCCAUGACAGCCAAAAUGGCACAGGAGUGCUUUAAGUAUAUGAAAUGCAGAUAAAAAAUGUUGAGUUAGAUCCAGACUUAAGUUAGUUGAAAUCAAGGGGAGUUAAUUUAAGUCAUGACUAACUUAUUCCAUUGAUUUCAAGGGGACCUAUGUUCAGCUUACUUGCUCCAACCUAAUGGACCUGAUUAAUCUGGAAUUAAAACAGGUUUUAAAUUGAUAGACCCAACAAAUUAACUCAUUAAAGCACCCUCAAUCUGAGAUGCCCUCCAGAUGUUGGGAGUUGUAAUCCAAAACAUCUUGAGGGCAUCAGGUUGGAGAAGCCUGCAUCAAAGGUUACAGCCCUGCUGUUAAUGACUGUCCAUAUUGGGUUAUCUUAUCAUGCAUCUCUCUGUAGUCAUAAGCACAAUUUCACAGGCAUUCUGUUCUGGUUAUCGUCAAGUUUGGAGUACCUCUUGUAGAGCUAUGCAGGGCCUGUGAAAUCUAGUGGAGAUUUCAACAUGCAGCAGAAGGUGAAUUUUGCCAAACAUACUUUUGUAUGUGUGUGUGUGUGUGCGCACACACACACACACACACACACACACAAGCAAGGGUAAUCAUGCAGCACCUGUGAGUACAGGGGUGCCUUGAGGUUUUCUUCUCAUGCCCAUGAAACCUCUGAGCUCCCACAUAGACUGCCCUCUUGGCUAGUAGGUGGUGAAGGUGGCUCCCUUUAUGCCCUUUCAAAAGUUGACAGAGCUGGAGGUGGAAGUUUGAAAAGGGACACUCUUUCCAACUUCCUCUUUCAGCUCUAUGUGCUUUUCAAGAUUCAGAUCAAAUCUACUAGAACUGACUUUAAUCCAAGUCCCUUGGAGAAGCAAAAUGUGUUUGUGUGUAUGCUUCUGUCUGUCUACGUUAGGGGACAGUUGGGACCAGUGAGGAUGAUUCCCAUAGCACUCACUCAAAAACAGUGUAGCAAAAGUGUAAAGGUAAAGGUAAAGGGGCCCCUGACCAUCAGGCCCAGUCGUGUCUGACUCUGGUGUUGCGGCGCUCAUCUCGCUCUAUAGGCCAAGGGAGCCGGCGUUUGUCCGCAGACAGCUUCUGGGUCAUGUGGCCAGCAUGACAAAGCUGCUUCUGGCGAACCAGAGCAGCGCAUGAAAACGCCGUUUACCUUCCUGCUGGAGCAGUCCCUAUUUAUCUACUUGCACUUUGAUGUGCUUUCGAACUGCUAGGUGGGCAGGAGCUGGGACCGAGCAACGGGAGCUCACCCCGUUGCAGGGAUUCGAACCGCCGACCUUCUGAUCAGCAAGCCCCAGACUCUGUGGUUUUGUAAAUCCAUUAAUUAGGUAUACUAUAAUCCAGGCAUCCCCAAACUUCGGCCCUCCCAAUGUUUUGGACUGCAAUUCCCAUCUUCCCUGACCACUGGUCCUGUUAGCUAGGGAUCAUGGGAGUUGUAGGCCAAAACAUCUGGAGGGCCGCAGUUUGGGGAUGCCUGCUAUAAUCUAUUUAUAAUCUCUGAUCAAAUGACAUAGAGAUUUAAUAUAAAAUGAGAAUGGGAGAUAUGCAUCAUAAUUAUAUAUGCGCUUUUAUUAUUGUUAUUUUCUUUCCUUCCGUUUUUCUUUUCUCUUUAAUAUUAUAUGUUAUGUAUUCUGCAUUUGUAUAGUAUAUGAAAGAGAGAGAAAAGGGAGGAAGAAAACGCCUCAUAUGUGCCCAUGAGCCUAAGAAGGUUGACAAGCACUGUGCUAGACUGUCUGUGUACCCUGUUGUACAGAGGGCAGGACUCCUAUGUUAAGGGGUCCUGGUCAUUCUCUGUUGAAAGGGCUGCCCAAAUUCAGUUUAGAGAAAAGACCCAUAGGAAGGGAGAACAGGGCCUUGAAGUGGUUCAUCCACAGAUAGCUCCCCCGCGGCAGACUGAGCAGCAGACAACAUCCAGGUCACCCGCCCACAGUUUUCCAUUCUAUGGUGAGAUGUAUGGUAUUUUUACUUGAAUUACAGUAAUUAUUUCUAAAUUUGCAGCUGUACCUAUAAAUUAGCAUAUGCAAACCAGUGUGGUCCCCCUAACACACAAACACACACACACCUGACAAGAACCUUCGCAAUGGAGGCAUAAAGAAAGGGGUAGAAAUGAAAGAAUGCAUAUCACCCUGCCACUAGACAACCUUUGAUCAAAGGUUACAACAGAUUUCAAGGCACGACAGAGAACAAUAAGGAAGACUAUCAUUUUACGUGAAGGUCUGCAAUGGUAACAUGACGACAGGUACGUUAAAAUAGAUAAAAAGCAUCUAAUGUGUGGAUUUGGCUAUGUGCAAGCAGAAUUUUAUGGGCAGAUGCUAUUUUUAUCCCCAGUAAGAUGUUUUGGGUCAGGAAGGGUCAAGUUGCAGAGGUCACAGAGUUGUGUUUGCUGGCAUGGUCUGAAUCACACUGCUCCUUAGCUCCAACACAAUUCUGCAUAAUUAUGUAUGUGCAGUUGCUCUUGGGGGCCACUUCACAUGUUACGCUUUCCUGGGGCGGAAAACAGUUUGGCAUGGGAGGAAGUGGGAGCCCCUGUGUGUGGACUCUCAGAUUUCCUACAACUUUUGAGGGUGGCUUGCCAUGUAAAUAGUUUCCAUCACAGGAGUGUUCCAGCAAGACCAUUCUAAACACAUUGAGCAAAGAGGGGGAUGGGAUUAAAUGAGCCUGCUUCUGAGAAAGCUUCAAAAUAUGUGGGUCUUUCCUGCUGGUAGUCUCAAAGUGUGGUUCCCAAGCUUUCAGUCAGGUCAGAAGGCCUGCAUCUUAAAAACUGAGCCUUGCAAUGUCAGCAAAUAUAGUUUGUAAAUGGUUAGAUACAUGUCUAUUUCAUUGCCAAGAACAGCUUCUGGGAAAACCUUGGAAGCUAAGUGCACAACAUAACUUGAGAAUGAGAUGACUAUUCUGUCAAUGAGAUCUGCAACAAAAUGGUGCAGUGCGAAAUGCUGUUGUCCAAGAUGCAAGCUGCUCUACUGCUCCCCUUCCUUACUUUCUCAUCCCCGCCCCAGCAGCCAGGCUGUGUACACAUGACAUCUUAUUCUAGAAUCAGUGGAAGCUUCUCCUUCUUCUUUUUGCCCCUGAAAAGUGCUUCUUGGGAAUCUGGUUUCGUUCCAAAUAUAAAAGCUCCUUGUAGAUUGAUUUGGCAUUACUCUGCACUGUGCCCAUUUGAAAACAGAUGUAGGCUAAGGUUACCAGAUUUUUUUUCAAUGAAUCCGGGGACACUUUUCAACUUCAAUGGAUUUUGUCAGGCGAUUGAUUUGUAAAUCUGGGGACUGUCCCUGGGAAACGGGGAUGUCUGGUAACCUUAAUGUAGGCAGUUCUGGCAAUUGGGGAUGUAUCUACACCUGGCCAAUGUUGCGGGGGGUGGGCAUAUACCAAGAUUGUAAUCACUGCUUCCUUUUCCCUUCACCUGGGGCAUGAACAGGGAGGAAAAGGUGUGGAUGACCAAAUCAAGGGGAAAGUUUUCAAACAUUUAUCAAACAACCACACCAAGCCUUGUGGACAGCAGGAUCUAGCAUCAAUCUAGAUUGACAGCAGCCAUGAUGAGGACGAGCAUGAACUAUUCCAGAAUGAGAAAAACUACUUUUUGUGCUACCAACGGUUUAAUGUGUACGCUGUCUCAGUCAGCAUUCCAUGACCACUGAGCCUGUUCUCAUUAAGCUGUUUUUGGUGUCCCAUCAUAGUUUUUGCUUCCUUAAAGCUACUUCUGUAAGCCUUGGGGUUCCUCUGGGUCUGUUGAUAGCACCUCUAACUUGUGCACGGAUGCUGCCAUUUUGGCUACAAAGCAAUGGUUUCCAUAGUCUGGACAUAAGAAAGAGAGCGAAUCAUUCUAUUUUAUUUUGGCAGAUUGCGUUACCCCGUAUAUUCCCACUUGACUGCUUCAAUAUGCAGAACUGACCAUGUUAUAGGUGCCACAUAUUAUUCAUUCUACACUUCUCAGAAAUCUUUUUUUUAAUGUGGGGGGGGGGAAGCACCUAAACUUUGGAACUCACUGCCUAUUGACAUCAGGCAGACAAAAUUGGAAAAUGUUUAAACAAUAUUUAAGGAAACAGGUGGAAAAAGCCAACCUCCCGGCAGAAAUAUAAAAGGCCCCAAAUUAAAGAUGGAAAAAAAUAGGAAAAAGUAUGCAUAAUGACAGAGAUAUAUACAAACCAGAGUAGAGGGAAGACUGGAAGUCACAUGAGGUGAAGGGGGGUGGGGGGUGAGGUGGUGGUAGCUUUUUAUUAUUUUUAUGUUAUUAUCUGUUUAUAUUUUUUACGCUUGUUUUGUCCUUGAUCAGUUACAUAUUUCUGUUAUGUUAAUUUUUUUGAUAUUUGUUAUAUGAUUUCAAACAAGACUAUUUUAUGAUUCAAAGAGGAUUUAUAUAUGAUUUGCAAUUAUGAUUUAUGAUUUAUAGUUUUAAAUAUGAUUUUAUAUAUGAUUUAUAAUUUAUAGUUUUUUAUAUUUUAUACGGUAGUUUUUCUAUAUGAUUUAUGUAUGUUUUUUCCUUUCAAUCUUCUGUUUGUUUGUUUGUAUGUUUGUACAUUAAUAAUUUUUUUUUAAAAAAAAGACAUCAGGCAGACACGUUUGCUGUCUUAUUUAAGCACCUGCUCACAACAUUAUUGUUUAGGCAAGCAUAUCAAGACAUGUUGUCUUUGUCCAUGGAGUUUCCAGGUGGAUCAUGUUUAGUCAAAACUCUCCACUAUGACCUGUCCAUCUUGGGUGGCCCUGCAUGGCAUAGCUCAUAGCUUCCCUGCGUUAUUCAAGCCCCUUUGCCAUGACAAGGCAUUGAUCCAUGAAGACAGGAGUGCCUGGCGUGCUCUGGUCCAUGGGGUCACGAAGAGUAAACGACUAAACAACAACAAUCAAGACAUGUUAAAGUUACCUAAACGACUAAACGACUAAACAACAACAAUCAAGACAUGUUAAAGUUACCUGUGUUUUUAUCACUUUUUAGCUACUGUUGAUUUUAAUUAUCUUUGAAUGUUUUUAAAUACCCGUAUUUUAAUCGAGAACUUUAAGGUUUUAUUUUAUAUUCUCUUAAACCGCUUAGAGAUUUUCUGACAAUCAAGCUAUAUAGAUACAUUUUGUUAAAUGAAUAAAUCCAUCUCCUGUUUUAUUCCAGUCUGUUCUAAGUUCUGUGCUUCCGUUCUCAUAGAAGAAGAUUCUCCGCCACCACCUGCCCCACUGCUGUGGUCUUUCUACUUCCUUAUGAGCUUUGAGGUUGCCAACCAGAGGGGCAACUCGUGAAAUAAACAGCGGCUCUAAAAUAACAAAAGGGAAGUGGUUUUAACGUGAGUGCAGCAAUUUCUCAUCCUUUCCUGCCCAUUGCCAGUAGCAGAUGUGAGGUUAGAUGGGCAGUUGCUCUGAUCCAAUUGACUUGAUGGCAUAGUUUUACAAAGUCAGAGAGGUAAAAGAAAAGCCACCGAGAUGGGGAUUUGAGGAGGAAAGGGCCAGGCUUUGAGAGCAAAAGAAGAUCUUGUGAGUGGGAGGCUACAGCCUGCUGAAGAUGCAGUAGGCGAAGAGUUCCCAUAUCAGUGUGGGGUUUCUCUUAGGAAUAGAAGUCCUGAAUACAUUUACAGCUGAUCCUUGUAUGUACCGAGGUUUCAAACCAUGCUAGUCCACUGCACAUCUACGGAGCUGUGAAGAAUGACCCGAAAUCCAGUGCGCACUGCACAACCGGCUUCCCACAGUGAAUGCAAGGGGAAUUCUACAGCCUCCAGCAAAACAAAAGUAACACUCACUGUGCAGAGAAACGUCUAGAGAAUAUUUGAAUAAAGAAGAAAGGAAGCAAGCAAGAAGAGCUUGGAACCUGAGUAACAUUCUUCACCCACAACAUCUCCUUUCUGACUCACCAGGAUACAGCAUAUAGAAGUGUUACAUUCUUCAGUCUGGUCUCUGGGGAGCCCCAGGCCAUCUCAAGGGUUUUGCUGCCCUCUUCUGGGGCCUGCCAGAGGUUCUUCAAGGCGUCCCAGGAGCAAGGCUGAUGCCUCCUUCCACCUCUAAGAGCCCUGACCAAGCACUCCCAAUGCCUGUAAAAUUGCUUCCAAGCAAUAGGCUGGCUGUGAGUCCUAGGUUGCAGAGGCUAACUCCUCUGUUUGUUGAGGUCAACUCUGGUCUACAGAUCAGGAACCAUGAGAAGGGAAACAUAUAAAGUUGCCCACUGAGGUGACUGAGGAAGCCCACAGCUCACCUAGUCAAGGUCUUGGUGAGAUGCAUUCUAUUUUUAUUUCAAUAAUAUUAAUUAUUUCUAAAUUUGCAAAUCUGGACCGUCUCUUUGUCCUUUUUGAGGAGGUUCAUUUUUUCUCUCGCUGGCAAUAUGUAAGUGGCCACCCAACUGAGUAAGUUCGCUUAGGAUUGUUCUGCACAAGCAUAUUUUUGAUGCAGUGCAUAUUUUAUUUCUGGGAAAGCAUGGCCAGUUCAUGCAUAUUCCCUAGCAUGUGGCCUCCAGAAAGUUGCAUAUGAGGAAAUGUGGCCCCCCAGGCUGACCUCUGCUCUAGGUAGUUAUGUUGUUAGGAGAUCGAUGGAUGAACCUAAGGAGGACCGAUGGAACAGAUGUGCCCUAUCCAGGAUUCUCUGUUGCCUUUUCAGAGUAAAAAACAAAUAAAAGGGGGGGGGUUUCUUAAAUUAGGACCCGUAUUAGGAAGAUGCCUGGAACCAAGUCAAUGUGUUUGUCUGUGUAGCUCACUAUUAUCUAUUCUGACUGGCAGUUGCCCUCCAGGGUCUCAAGUACUGUAGAAGUUUUUGACUUCCCACCUCAGGGAUGGGGAACCAUCAGCUGUAACCAACAUGGCCAAUGGUUAGGGAUGAUGUGAGUUAUAAUCCAAUAACACCCGGAAGGCACCAAGUUCUUUGUAGUAGCUGAUUCUUCUAAGAUGAAAUACCAGCGAUUGAAUUGGGGGAAUUUUGGCACGCAAAGCACUUGCUCGUCCACAGAACUAUAAUCCCUUCCUGUAUUUUACUAGUUACAGGUAGGUAGCCAUAUUUUACUGUUUGAGAUUACAUUGAGAAGUUUUAAUAACAUCAGCAAGUGGGGAGGGAGGACUCAGAAGUCUUACCUCUCAUAUCCUGUGAUGAUGAUGUGCCACAGUUGUUAUGGUGGACUCAGGUGACAUCACAAACCAUGUAAUGAGCAGUCAAGUAUUUCCAUAGGUGGUUGUGUUGGUGGGUUGCUGGUGGCCAGAACUCAAGUCAGAUUCCCUAGUAAGCUCAAGGCAGGAUGAAGAAAUACUAUGAUCUGGUAACUAAAAAAAAUGUGCUAACUGCAGCUACAGGAGCUACAGCCAUCUAUCUGGUGUCCAAGACUCUCCUAUCAAUGUUCAGAAGUCCCCCCUACAACCCGGAUCAAAUGAAUUUAUCCAAUCUAGCGAUUGAUUAUUAUCCAGUUCCGUCUACUGGUACAAGAGCAAAUGUUCCUGGAGAGCUCAGGAGACUCCUGCUGACUCUCAGCCCAAACCUAGAUGACAUCUCCAAGAAGACGACGCUUCAUACCAUCACCCAGUGUAUCUAUCUGAAGGAAUCAGAGGCAAAUGCCUGCACCAACGAUGACAUUAGAUUGGUGGCAUUAUUCCUGGAAGACGGAGACAAAGCCGUCAAAACAGAGGCACUGCAUGCCCUCAAAGCUUUCACUGUCAUCUGGAGGUUCAAAAUCAAAAUCCAGGAAUAUGUCCCCAAGAUUAUUGAGCUGGUGACUAGCUCCUGGGAUCCCACCCUUCAGGUUGCUGGGUUGAGGCUGCUGAACGGCUUGAAUAUUCCAGACAACACCCACACUCUCCUGAGAGGGAUGCUGCCAAACUUCCUGGAAAUCCUUCUCGUGGCAAAUACUUUGGCCAAGGUGCAGGUUCUCAAGCUUCUUAGCACACUAGCCCAGAAGGAAGACCUGCUGUACGACAUCAUGAAUUGUCGGACACCUGCCGAGUUCCUGAGCCUCUUCCAACCAUCCCUGCCAGGGAAUCUGCUCUAUGAGAUGUUAGUCUUUGUGGAGCGCCUCAGCGAAGGGCGCCUCUCCCCGCAGUACCAGUCGAUGCAGUGGCAGUACAGUGACAACUCCCUUCACGAAACCAUCUUUGGCAACAACUCCCGCCUCUCCGACCGCCUGCUUGCUCUCAUCAUCCACCCAGAGGAGGAGGUACAGGCUCAAGCCUGCAAGGUCAUCCUCAGCCUCCGGCUCAACAGGGAAGAGAGCAAGGUGGUCAACAACCUCUCCUUUGGUGCCAACAUCAGUGUCCACCCCCUGGAAUCAACGAGGAUUAGCCAAGUCACCAAUCCCUCUGACCUGAGCAGCCACCCUCUCGGUCCCAACAACGUCUCCGAGCCCACCGGCACCAACGUCUCCUUUGACAGCGCCCAUGACAACAGCGGGCGUAGCUUCCAAACCCUCCAAGGCACUGAUGAGACUGGACACAGCUUCUAUCCCCUUCCAAGAGCUGACCACAGCUUCUACCCCCUUGAGAGCGUCAGCAGCCACAUUGUUCAGGACCUAAGAGGCAACAGCUUCGAUAUUCCUCCACCUUGCUAUUCCGGUGAGAGUGACAACAGUGUUUAAAGGGCCCAUUUCUAAAGGAAAGAGAGAAUGAUAAAAGAGUUGGAGAAGAGAUGACAUCACCAUUUGUCUCUCCCUAUGUAAGGAAAAGGUCCGGGCAUGUAAGCAUUCAGGAUCCUACCUUCUACCUAACAGAGCUUCUAUGUGCAUUAGAAUCUCAUUUCCCCAGAUCUGUAGUGUACUGAUCAUUUGCUCAUUACCAUCUAUGUACCGGUAUGGUCUGCUGAACUUUGCUGCUCCAGUUCAAGGUUCAGAGUGCUCAGAAAAUCAGGUCCAUCUGAAUGUCUGCCAGCCUGCACUCAUGGUGGUCUCUGAAGGGGUGUCUCUAGAGUUAUAAACUCUAGUUUUUGUUAUAAACAUUAAGCCCAUGCCAAAAUAAUGGGGAAAGUUGCCUGGAGAGAAAUAUCUGGUGUUACUGAGAAACAGUAGUUGGUCAGUAGCUUUUAUUGUUUAUAACCAAUGGCCAUCACAAUACAGUAUGAGCACAAACCACACAACUACAAAACGAAAUAUAUUGCAUGCACCAGACCGGAACAAAUCUACAAUGUCCAAAAUUUAGGAAUGUUCCUUCUGGUCAGCAUCCCUGGGUUUUGGCACUUGAACUAUCCAAAAAGCUUGCCCUUCUCUUUCUUGCCACUAAUGCAAAUAGUGCAGACUAUAGCUGAUGCACUUAUCAACCUCUGCCAACAACCAUUUAAUUUUUGAAUCAUCUAGUUGACCUUCUAAGCCAAUAUGAAAAGGGGAGAUAAACUUAGCUCUGGGUGAAUCAUACAAUGGGCAAUAUAAAAUAUAAUGUACUAGAUCCUUAAUAUAUAUAUGAUCCACAUAUACAAAGGUGCUCUUUUACAGAUUUGUUAGUAUAUCUCCCAGCCAGAUAUUCAGUAGGCAUUGUUUGAAAACUGAGCUGGGUGAAAGCCUGUUGUACUGGGGGUGGUGGUGAGUUAAUUCUCACAAGUACAUAGCCCUUUUAAUUUUACUGUACUAAGUGGCGUAUUUACAAUUUUUUGUAUAUUCAAGGUCUUUUUUUGCAUCUUCGCCAAACACAAUAUCUCGUAUCUUAUGGUCAGGAGCCUCUGACAAUACUACUGCUAGGGAGAUCAAAUAACUCUGCAUCAGACCUCUACAAGAUUUUACCCAGCCUUCCCUUUUCUGCAUAUCCGAAAAACAACUUUUGGUUAAGUGUUGUUCUGGCUGCAAUGAUAUUUCCCCCCAGUACAAAACCAUGGAUUUGUAUAUACAAGCCUUUAUAGAGGGAAGACCCGAUUCAAUCCUUAGUAGUGCUCCAGGUGUACAGUGUGGCAGUGCCAACAUUGCAUGCAGGAAUUUAUUUUGAAGUACAUCAAGUUCCUCCCUGCAAUGGUAACCCCAGAUUGGUGCACCACAUAAAAGGUGAGACACAAUCUUGGCUACAAAAAACUUUAAUGUUGGUUCAGCUAAAUGAUGGCACUCUGUGUAAUGCAAUUUCUUUAUAUAGGCCCCAAUAAGCUGGUAGCUGAAAGCGUUGUUGCUUCUAAAUUGGUGUGGUUCAUGUUCUAAAUCGAACACACUAGUAGAUUGUGGCCUGGUACAAGGUUGGUUGCAAGAGGAGCAUUACCAGCAUGCAAGUAUAUGGUAAAAGAUUAAGAAAUAGACCCUCAAAUGCAUGACUGGGUUAAAAGUGGGUACAUUGUCUAGAUAGACCAAAGAAUGCAAUCUAAAGGGUAUACUAAGUAAUAAAAUUAUUUUCAAUGAAAUGGUGCAGUUCAUGAGAAUGGACAAAAGAGGUUUGCGAGUAUGGAUAUGAAUAUGCUGUGCUGAACUGAUGUAUAUGGAUGUUUUGAGAAAGUGGUAAGUAUGUCUGAUCUGUGUUAGAUAAGGGCUUUUAGCAGGUUGGAUGAGGGGCAUAUUUGGAAGUAUUUUCCAUUUAAACAAAUUGUGGUGGUGUGUGGAUUAGUUUAGAAACUUGUGAGAUAUGUUGCAGACGUUGGAAUUAUUUUGGGCAAUGAUAACUGCUGCAUGGAUGUGUGAAGGAGAACAGGAGUGUGUGUUCAUAUUGUAAAUGUUGGUUUCUGCUCUCUGAGUCCUAUGCACACGCACCUGCUUGCUAUGUUCCUUCACUCUGCCGACAAGUUCCUUAGGCAGAGUGCUAUGCCCAUGUGUCAGCUGCGUUCUUCCACUGAAAGAUCAGAAAGGACCAUGUGGCCAAUUAAACUGCAAUGUACUGUAUGUACAGAGGUAGGAAUUAUAUUGAGGAAUAAUAAUCACAAAGGAGAAUAGGAGAGCAAGUGCAUCUUUAAUGUUUUCCCUCAACUUUUAAUUUUCUUGCUGGGUCCUCACAAAUGCCAUAGUCGGUGUUGGUGAUAGUCCCGAUAAUUGUCCUGUCAGCCUCACAGCUUAAUCCAUUUUCACAGGGACACCUGUAGUAAAUCCCAGUAAG